ACAAGACACCAAGUUAAUUAUAAUGUAAAAUAUAAAAAAGUAGAAAUAGUAAAUAAAAAAAAAGUUUUUUAAAGUCACCACUCAUUACCUUUAAUUCUCCUUUAUAAAGGAACCUCUCUUCCUCCCUCUUCUUCUUUCUCUCUUUCUCUCAGCACCAAGUUCUCUCUCAUAUACUUCAGCAAGAAACAUCAUCACAAUGACAUUUUUCAUCGAAGACACUAGUCUCAUCAUCAGCCACCUUUUCUACAAGACUGCCGUUAUCAUCGCCGUCUUACGUUGGAUCUUCGCAUGUAUCCUCCGUUACCGCUCUCGAUCAUCACCAAGAUCUUCUUCUCCUUCCGUUUCAUCGCAAACCAUCAAAGAAAGCCUCGCCGUUACAGCUUUCUGCGACGCGGUUGAGAGAUCACCCUCAGCGUCGAUCAGCGACACGUGCGCCGUGUGUCUAGGAGAUCUCGAAGACGACGACGAGAUCAGAGAGCUUAGGAACUGUACUCACGUCUUUCAUCGUGAUUGUAUUGACCGGUGGCUUGACUAUGAAUGCCGCGGUGGAGGAGAUGAGGAUGAUAACCACCGUACUUGUCCGCUUUGUAGAACACCGUUGCUUCCGUCGUUCUCUGAUUGUUCCACCGUUAACCAACCUAGCUGGGCUGUUGAACGACUCCUUUACCUCUUCGGCGACGAUCUUCUUCCCUGAACCUUUUUUCUUUUUUUAUUUUACAUUUGAUUUCAUUUUUUAUAUAUAUAAUCAAUAUUGUGAUUGGUGGAGGGGUAUAAAAGUGAUGUCAAUUAUACGAAAUCGAAUCAUAUUUUGAUUUGAAUGUAUAUACAUAUGUUACAUUGAUUCCAGUGUGUAUAUAUAUA